CCGCAGGGCGAGUUGACGCGCGCCACGUGAAAGCAACCGCGGAUCGAAUCCGCCGCCGUACUCCGUUCGUUUUACUAGUACCGGCAGAGCCGAUCGGUGUCCGCGCGAAGUGAAUUCAGGGAAUAGUAUUCUGCAAGUCGUCAAAGCCGAGGCGUUGCGGAGUGGACUCCGCGUCCAUGGAGGCAACGUCCCGGCCAUGGAGUUGUGCGUCGCGAGUUCCACCUGUGCUGCGGUCGUCAGACGUAACCAGCGGGGUGCGCGACAACGUCGAUGGGUCGUUCUGUUUCUACUCCUGGCGGCUGCCGUGUCAGGUGUGCUGGGUGUCGUGGUCACCGAAGUACGGCUCCUGUCGGACAGCAACAAAACGCAGUACGUACUUCAGGGCGAGGGUGCCACGCUGCUCUGCUUCUUCGUGCUGUCGCCCGGCGAAGACCUGCGCCGCGUCCUCUGGUUCAAGGACGGCGCCGAGGUGUACGUGUGGCGCAAGGGGCGCCGUCCGCUGGCGCGCAACCUGUUCGACAAGCGCGUCGACCUGAGCAACCGCUCGCCUUCCUUCAUUACCAUCAUCAACGCCGACAUGGCCAUGCAGGGAAACUACACUUGCAGGGUGGAGACUGACGCGGGCGUCUCGCAGAACGACCUCUUCCUCACCGUUAUCGUCGACUCAUGCAAGGAAGACAGCUGGACCACGUUCUCGGAUCGCGUAACGUGCACGGAAACUGUGGAACUAGAGUGCGGUGGCAUGUUCCCGAAACCUUCACCAGCGUGUGGAGUGUAUAACGAUCAGACCGGAGUGUACUUGAACACAGUGCCAUUUGACCGCCUAAGGACAGCGGCCAACUCGACCUACGAAGUGCGACUGCACCGCGUAUUCCAGGUCGAAGACUGGCUCGCCUUCAGGAACCUCACCUUCCGCUGCCACGUCAUUGUCCUUGGGACGGACUGGCGAACUGGAAUCUCGCAUAAAUUAUUCGGAGACUCAGGGUGCUCGCCCGAUCCUCCGGAGAUCGUGAAUGGCUACUACAACAUCAGCGGCGAGGAGACGUGUUGGCGCACCCCGGCCGAGGGUUCAUUGACGCGUUACUACUGCCUCGAAGGGUUCGAACUGCGAGGUCCUCGGGAACUGGUGUGUCACAACGGCUCCUGGGUUGUGCCUGCGCCGAUGUUUACGUAUUCACGGAGACAACAGACACCUGCAGCUGGAAGACCCAUCAUCUGCGAGAUGAGCUGCCAAGCCGCUGUCGCAUUCAACCGCUUUUUCACUGCCAUGAUGACAACACUGCCCGUACUACUGUCCCUCCACCUAAUCCCGCCUUCGCCAUAGAGCCAUUCCUUUCAAACGUGCUCAAGGUAUGCUGGAUCGAGGCAAGAAAAGCAGUCACCUGGUAUCCACUCGUGCCUUAGUUUACGUUUUGGCCAUCAGUUGACCCGGGGACCCACAGGAUUAUAUGCUGGCCCGUAUGCGAAUCAUUGUUGUAGUCUUCUACGCUGUCUUGCAGCAAGCUGGUGUUGCAAGCUUUAGGGAGCUUUACUUAGACAACUCUGGGAGCUGUAUGAUUGCGGAUCUCGACUGCAUGGUGUUUUCUGCCGACUGAACGUCCUUAUGUCCCCUGAUGGCAUGGAAUGAACAGAAUCCGAUUGCAGUGACUUAUACGGCGAUGGGCGACUCGGCAGCGUGGAGUUGAAAGCGUUUUGUUGCGGCUACUCUGCUGGGUAUCUCGAAUAAAAGCAAUGG